CCCGCCAUUUCCACACAGCCAAAGCCAGCUGCGAUCAUCUCCAUCGAUCUAGCACGCACGUACGGAGUGCCAGUCUUCCCUUCCAGCAAUGGCGGCCUACCUCCCCCUCGCCGUCCUCGUGGCCCUCCUCGCCGCCACCGGCGCCAGCGCCCACGGCUACAGCCAGACCCCCUCGCCGACGCCUGCACCGGCUGCCAAGUGCGACAAGGUGAUGCUCAAGGUGGAGGGCGUGGUGUACUGCCAGAGCUGCACGCACCGGAACUCGUGGUGCCUGGACGGCGCGACGCCGCUGCCGGGGGCGAAGGUGACGGUCACCUGCCGCGACGCCAAGAACCGCGUCAUGGCCUCGCGGACGCCCGUCGCCGACGGCAACGGCUACUUCCUCGCCGAGUUCGACGUCGCCGAGAAGGCCGACUACUACAAGGGGGACCCCGCCAAGGCCUGCUUCGUGCGCCUGCUCGCGUCGCCGGACCGCAAGUGCGACGACCUCACCAACGUCAACUACGGCAUCGAGGGCGCGCCGCUCCGCCACGAGGGCAAGCGGUGGUCCGGUAAGGGGCACGAGAACGUCGUGUACGCCGCCGGCCCUCUCUCAUUCAAGCCGGACACCUGCGCGCCCAGGGGCCACUACUGAUGAUCGUUUUUUUUAUUUGUUUUGAGUAUUAUCUAAUCUGAGCAUCUUAGCUCAAUUUUAUCAUUUCAAAUAUGAAGUUGAUAACCACGCAUACCAUGUGGUCGCUGAUGAAGCUUAUAUGCGCCAUGCGCGGCUGCUUUGGGUUUGAGACCGUGUAUAUUCUGUCUUUUUUUUUCUCCUACAAAACUUCUAUUGGAUCCAUCAUCAA